AUGUGUGUUUCAGUGUUUUCGAGGUUAAAGACAAGGAACCAAGAAUGGUACUUCUACUGCUCGUUAGACAAGAAGUACGGCAACAACAGCGCUAGAAUGAGCAGAUCCACUAACAUAGGCUCAAGAUAUUGGAACCUGGGGAUCAAGUAUGAGAACGUGACGUACACUUCCGAUUAUUUCCCUGACCUGGAGAACAAGGCUGAAAAGCUGAUGCGUGGAGGGUAA